UCAGUGCACCUGGGACUGGCGCGGUGUCGAGACACGUCGCAAUCUGCAGCUGCGCGCGGCUGGGCAGGUUCAUAAGCAAUGACCAAGAAAUGCUUCGAAGGACUGCUUCUGGCAACAGCGAUGCUGCCAUUGCUGAGUCUCUACCAUGAAGCUGAGGGCCAGGCGACCAACUUCACGGUCGCGCAGUCGCUGACCCACAUCCUCCGCAGCCUGGACCCGGGGCUGGACCAGGAGGAGGGCCGCUCCUACUCGCCGGAGGGCCUGUGGGCGCCCGUGCUCGAGCAGCGGGCGCUGCAGCCCCGCAGCGAGAAGGUCAUGAAGCAGAAGCCCUCCGCCGCAGCAGCCAACUACGUGGUGUCGCGGCCCACGGUGGGCGGCCGGCCGGGCCCCGCGCCCUCGGAGGACGUGUCGGAGACUGACCUCUACCUGCUGGGCGCCAUCGAGAAGCUGGCCUACCGCGUCGACUUCAUGGAGAAGCGGCUCCGGCGCACCGAGGAGCUGCUCUACUACGUCAUGUCCGGGGACAACGACCGCCACGACCGAGAUCCCUGCCCGGCCAACUUCACGCGGGUCGGCAAGGGCUGCUACCACUUCGGCGAGCGGCAGUUCAACUGGAAGUCGUCGGCGUCCAUGUGCAAGAGCCUGGGCGCGGGCCUCGCCGAGCUGGAGAGCAUCGAGGAGAACCAGGACGUCGUCACCUUCCUCCAGUCGCACAAGGAGCACACAGGGAAGGACUUCUGGACGGGAGGGCUGAACCCCGGCCUGCUGUGGAUCUGGGCCAACAGCGCGCGGCCCGUGGCGUCCAACUCGACGAGCGGGGGCGGGCCAGGGCAGCCCGCCAUCCACGGCACGGGGCGCUGCCUCCAGCUGGCCUACAGCCCUGCCCUGCGCUCGUACCGCUACCAGGGCGAGGACUGCGCGGAGCGUGCACACUACCUGUGCGAGCGGGAGGACAACAGAGCCGGCCGCGCCCUGCGUCGCCUCGAGGCCGCGCUGCGCCAGCAGCGCUCGGGCUGACGGCGUGUCGCACCAUCCGGGGUCGGCCUUCACUUUGCACCAGUCCUCUCCUCCCUCACGAUGUCAACUAACAUCUGACAAACCAAUUUCAGGACUUUUUUGUUAUAUCACUGAGUCAUUUUAAAUACUAUUUACGGGAAUACGCCAUUUUUUGUGUUAGGAGGCCAAAGCCCUUCCAGUGAUCAAUUCCAUGAUUUAAGCGGACAAAAUCCAACUGGAGUGAGGUGUCUUAAACAAAAAUUCCAGUAAGCAAAAGGUAGGUGAAAGUUCAAUACAUACUUGCAACUUUCCGCACCGUAGCUGUUUAUCUAGGGACUUUUUUUUUGUGAAUCCUGUGACCAGUCCUUCAUCCUUCAGUUUUACUACUUUUUUGGGUGACCUGUAGACACCGUGCUAAGUACACAUUCUUCUACUUUUCAUCUCGGCAUCUUCCUUGGUAUUGUUUCCUCACCAUGCUCUUGAGUGGCAGUACCGUAGAAUCCUCAACUCCUCUUUCACUAGUUUUCUCUGAUCUGUCUGUCUAGUAUCCUCUGACCAAUACUCAAUUAUGCAUCCAAGAAAUUUUCUUUUACUUUAUAAUAAAAUUUAAAAAAUAACAUCAUGUCAAACUUACUUAUUUAAUUCCAAGAGACAGAUGAUACUUCAAAUUUGUGUGACUAAAAUAGUCUUGGUCUCAUUUCACAAGGGAUCAAGAAAAUACAAAGGCAUGAAAGUGCAACAGCAGGGAUAUUGUCACUAUGUACUACUGUAUAUAAGCAUAAAAUGUAAUUGAAUUAUGUAAUAAAUUAUUCAUAGUAAAAAAAUGUACAGUACUAAUUGUAACAAGAACUUAAUUAAAAAAUACUAGUUUUAAAAUACUAAGUUUAUUAAAGCAUUACAAUGUAAUGUACAUACAGAUACAGUAGAACCCCGAUUUUGCGAACACGGAUUUAACGAAAACAGCGAUUUAACGUAAAGGUUUUCAGGAACCAACAAAAAUCACCAAUUUAUUAAAAUAAUAAUAUAGAUUUCCAAAAAAUGCAAGUAAAUAGUAAUGGAGUCUUAUUAAAAAAUACACUCUGUGGUGUCAGUAAUAGAAUGGAGGUACUAUAUAUUAAUAUGUGCCUUUGCAUCAUCUGUCCAAAUACGAAAAAAUUAAAAAAA